AUGUCCGUCGAAGAUCAAUGGAUAGCAGAUCGCGUUGAAAUUUUGAGGACUGGUUUAUUCUCUGCGAAAAAACAGGAUCAAGACCUGCUGUCUUUACCCCAGAACAGCGAUGAUGAAAGGACACCAAAGGAAGUGCUCGAAGCGCUUUCAUCUGGCGAUGCCGCUGGGCUGAAAGGAGAGAUUGUGAUCAAAAGAUUGUUUCUAGAAGCGGCUAAAGACAACGAUGAGACGAUAAAAGUAGGACGUUUUGCCAUUCUUAUGGACCUCUCGCAUCACAUGAAGAAUACGGCGAACAAGAUGGGCGACGACGUCAACGCGAAGUUUUGGGCUUCAAUCUUUUUUGACCUAUUCAGAAUGAGUUUGACUUUGCUGCAACUACCCCAAGGCCAUUUGCAGUUUUGGCCUUACGUAAAUUCACGCAUGCAUUGGUUCAAAGCCGGGUUUUUGAACGAAGAUUCACUGCAGCACGGACAAACCACCUUGAGUGCAAUUAAAGCACCUUUUGCCAAAGUGACUUACCAAAUAAACAAAAUGCUUCUGGCACUGAGGCUAAACUCCAAACUCGCUACAUGCGCACAUCAUGAGCUCAGCAUGAAGAUUAAUAUCUUUCUAUGCGAGUGUUUGUCUCCUAUGGAGCAGGCAAACACAAACAAGCGCGGUAAAAUAGCCAAAAAGCUUCCCGAACAGCUAUGGGAUAUGUGGAACGAUGAAAAAGAAGGAUCAGCUUUCUAUACCGAUUUCCUCAAAGUUAAACAGGAGUUUAUCGAAGAACCGAUCAUGUGGGCAUUUUCAGAUACCGGAAAAAGGCUCAGCUUACAAGAUUAUCUCUUGCCAGUGAUGGAUGAGAUUCUGCUUCACGAAUCUGAAUUUUAUGCUCACAUCAAGACGAGAAAGGUGCGACUUAACCGACUGAACCAAAAGGCCAACGUUCAGUCAUAUCAAAAUCUCCAAGCGCUGAACAACGUACAAGACAUAAAGCGCCACAAAUGGUCUUCGACAUUUUCGGGACUUCGGCCACUCAUGUUUGAUCAACCUGAUUGGGAUUCGGAGCUAGUGAUGUCGCAGCUGCAAGAUCCAUCAAACGACUUUCACCGGAAAAAGUUUCUGCUGGAGCUUCUCAUAACUGCAAACCUGAUUAAACGCAUACUUUCAGAUGAGACUGUUAAAAACUUUUAUCGCACUCAAUAUGACCAACCGCUUGGAACCAAGCAUAGCGACGAAGACGGCAGCAAUGCUGCUGCACUACAAGAUAUAACCCAGAUAAUCACCAGUAGGAUUGAGAAAUUUUAUGACCAUCAUGAUAAAACAUAUAGAAGCCUUUUGACGGACCUGAUUACGGGUGAUGGGGCCUUCUUAGACCUGAAAGCGAAGAAGGGUUUCAAACUUUUCAACGAAUUCACCUUCCCCACGGACAGUGAAGGACCAGUUCCUGAGGUUAACUACUCUUACAAGGGUUUUGGAUGGAUAAAACUUGGGAACAAGAAGCUAGACAACGUCUGGAAAACUAAGAGUGGGCUUGGGUCGAUCGAUUACAGUUUGCGCAGCUCUCAGGAAACAUUUGACCAAUUACGCGAUGACUAUCAAAAACGAAGUUUCGACACGUCAACACCAACUCAUGGAGACCAGACGGUCGAGCAGUGGAAACAUUUACGUCGCUUGCGGCCCCAAUUUCUUUUUCAAUUAAGUAAUGUUGAUGAGAAUACUGGUGUCUCGGGUCUGUUUGAUUCCAGCUUAAUUCACAAGUCUCGGGAGAAAAAGUCUCGCCUGCCGGAGCAAGUAGAGGCUGCAAAAGAAUAUUUUGAAGCAAAAAAGAAGCGAAAAGUUGAGCUUUCGGAGGAAGCCGCUGAAACGGUUGAAGAAAAACAAGACAUCUGUGAUACUGAUAAGAAUCUGGCCACGGGAAGACCAGAUGAUACAACGCUUAUGCCUACAUCUGUCACCCUUGAACCGAUGCAUAACGGAGAAGAGACUACCACAACGACACUUCCUCGGUCGUCUUCACCAAGAGGCGGCGACCAGCCUAUCGAACAACAGGAGUCUAAAGAUGGUAUCAAGGAUGAGCCCAAAAAUGACAUUUGCAUUGAAGAGCCAGACACGAGUCAAAACGACCAAGGAGCACCGACAAUUGGCAAAGGAGAAGAAAGGUUGUCAGGCUCGGAUAUGGAGAUCGAAGCGCCGUCACCCGCUAAUCUGUGA